AUGAUUGAAUUACGUCGGUUAUCUACUAUACUUCUUGGUCUUGCUAUAACAUUAAUUGUUAUUGGUAUGGCAACAUCACAAUGGAGAUGUGGAGGAUUGUUUGAUUCAUGUCAAAGAGGACAUUCAAAAGAUGCAAUUAUAGCUAUUGUAGCAUUAUUACUUAUUGGAGUUAUUGCUUUAACAGUAGUCUUUAUAUUGGAUUUAAUUGGAUUGUGUUCAGAUGUAAUUGUUGCUACUGCUAGUUAUAUAACUGCGCGUUUUAUUUUAUUAUAUUUGGGUACAGCUUGUUUAGUUACUGGUAUUUUAGUAUAUACUGGAAAAUUUGAUAAUACAUGGUCAUAUUUUUUGGCUACUGUUGGUGGAGUAUUUGCAAUGCAAGUUGCUAUAUUAGCAAUUAUGAGUUCACGUUGUAUAUCAGUACGUACAGAAAGAGUUGUUGUACGUUCAACACGUUGA